AUGGAUUUUCUUCGCCAGCAAACACAACCAAUUGACUUGCUUUAUGCACAUAAUGUUGACCUAUUAAGUGAACAUUUGUUACAACUCAGGAGAACUAGAGGAGGUCCUUUACCAAAAAUGAAUGGAAAAAAACUGUUUUGCAAAGUAUUUGAGCUUCGUUGCCUACAAGCUGCUAUACAGAUUACACCAAGAGAAGUUGGAGAAUUCAUUAAAAAUGAACGCUGGAGAAGUACAGAUCCUACAGAGCGAUAUCAAUACAAUCUUUAUGCAAAAGCAGCAAAUGAAGAGAACGAACGAAUGUUUAUGGCAACAAUUGACAUCAAUGGACCUAUGAAUGUUAAUGAAGAAGAUAAUUCAGACGAUAAUGGAGAAAAUAAUCCAAGUCGCAACGGAGGUGCGCUUAAUGACUUUUUUAAUGGGACUAAUUCCGCAAUUGGUCAAUAA